GAGGACAGGUUAACUAGGACAAACUCCACCGUUGAUGUUGCUACUAAGGAAAACUUGGACAAACUAGUGGAGAUUGGAGAAAGGUUGUUAAAGAAACCAGUUUCACGAGUGAAUUUGAAGACAGGUCUUGCUGAGCUAGUUAAAAAUGGUGGCACAAAUGAGGAUGCUCUCAAAAGGUUUGCAAAAUUACUUUCAGAUGAAAGAAAACUUAGACAGCAAAAACUACCAAGCUCUUACAAGGGCUUAAAGUAG